CUCUUUUGCCUCCAAAUGUCGCGCCAUUUUCAUUAGAUUGUUUGCUGAUGACAUCGUUCUGUAUUGUGCCAUCAGAAGUGAUCAAGAGGACUAGCAAUACCUAUAAUUUGACCUUGAAUCCAUCAAUUCACGGUGUUCAUCAUGGCCUAUGAGGCCAAAUCGCUGCAAGGCCAAACUCGUCUCCUUCACUCGAAAUUCUUGCCACUUCCCUACCACAUAUACAUCUAAUUACACUCGUACAAUGUCAGCCACGUUAUAAAGGUAUCUGGACCUUCACCUCCAAUCUGACUUUUCCUGGAACUGCCACAUUGAUUACAUUUUUGCAGCUGCUAAACCCUGCCUUACAGUGCCUGCACAUGCGUAAAAACUUUCGUGUGUUAUCUCAACGUGCCCCAAAAUUGAGUAGGUGUCUGCCAUAAGGACCCAGAACCAGCAUACACUCGAACCUCGUUAUUUCAUAGUUGCAUCUUACAUGAAACUAAGUUUUUUAUAUUAAAGAUUUUAUUAUAAAAGUUCAUUUCUAACACUACCUACUGCAAGACUGUUUUUAUUUACUUCGUUAUAACCAAUUUUUUAUUAAAUCUGGGUUCAGUAUAUCGAGGUUUGAGUGUGUAUAAUCGAUAACAUAAUAUCUUUGCAGAUACCUGCUGCUCACUUCAUUUUCUCUGACUACUCUCGUAUCACUGUGUCACUGCCUUAAAAGCUCGUGUUGGUGUUGAUAACCUUUCUCAUCCCUGUAAACUUGCUCACUUAUCUCUUUUGCAUACAUACUAUCAUCAUCCAUUGCUUCAUGAUGACUUCUUUCAGUAACGCUUAGCCAUGUUUCUAUGCGGUGAUUGUCCUCUCACUAUUGCAAACUCAUUUCCUGCCGUACUUUCACCCUUCGCUGAUUCGUUCAUUCCAAAAACCAUCAUUGAAUGGAACCAGCUGCCUUGGAGUCUUCCAAUAGAAAGCAAUGUUUUAAAAUUCAAUGAUAAAAAAUAACCAAGUUCAGUGUUCUGGUGUCUUCUGAAUAACCCAUUGCAUUUUUAUUUUGUGCUCUAUUAUUAUGUUGUUCUAUUGUAUUGCAUUACAUUUUUAAAUAUUCUUUUAAUACUUCCAAAGUGUUCUGUUAUUGUGUUGCCUUUUUGAUUAUGCUUGAGUAAGUGUUUUUUGUUUGCAAAUAUUUAUGGUUGCUUUGCAUCUAUUACAUUGUAUAUAUUUUUUAUCACACCCUUAUGUUAUACCCUUUCAUUGAAGACCAUUAGAAACUCCUCGAAAUAAGUCAAUUCUCGCUUUGAUAAUUCAUUUCUUUACCUUUUGUCGCAGGUGAUGCCAAAAGCACGUUUAGUGUGUCGAUUUCAGUGCAAUUUUUCGUCAUAUAUCCUUGGCAGUUGAUCAUUUUGGCAUUAAAAGGUGGCCUUCUAAGCAUGAAUCGAUGUAUGGUUAUUGUUAAAAUGAAGUGGGAUUUGUUAACAAUUAUGAUAAAGUGGGAUAUAUUGUGAGAAUUGCGUGUGGUCAUGUAAGUGUGUGAAAUAAUAUACAGCGAAUAGCUCACUUUGUAUUUUGUGGUAAAUUAAGCUUUCACUUGAGCAGGAUGGAGACCUUAAUGGAAAGUGUACGAACAGUACUAGUACACAUGGAGAACCAAUUUUUUAUGCAAAUCACAUAAAUAUGUCAUCAGUUAAAAAUUGUUAUGUCAUUCGGUUCCUUGCUAACAAUUUUUCUCCUAUCAUAGUUUCCAUAUUCUUUUAUACUUACCUCUUUCACUCAUAACUUGUUUCUUAUGCUUCAUGUGUUGAAAUAGGGUACCGAUUUUGUUGCUAUACAGCUAUGUGCCAAAACAAGUGCAAUAAAUGCCUAAUGUUAUGGACACAAUUAAGACAUUUGGUGGUUUAGGCAUAGUAUUGGAAUCCCAUCUUAAUCAGGUCCAUGUGCAUUUGCAGGUUUUUGCAUGUAAUAUAUUAGGUCGAGCAUUCGCUUACAGAUAGGUGGGAAAUAUUGUAAAAGGUGUUGUCAUUCCACAGCUACUUCUACACUAAAAUAUGGUUUAAAUAGGCAAAGGUAAUCAUGUACUGUAUUUACAAGUGCAGCAACAUUCUUUUAUUACCUGGUGUUGUAGUCCACUUGCAGACAAUGUAGGUAACAUGGUUUUCAAUGCCCUUUCUGUUCUUUUUGCAUGAUCUCUUGUGCAGCUUCCCAUGAGCAGGACCAUUCACUCAUGUCCGUAGAAGGUGGACUGUACUCCUGCCGACAGUGCACCUAUGUUACCAAGAAGAGUGGACACAUGCGAAGACACCUUCGCAAACACACCGGCGAGCGGCCCUUCCAGUGCCACUUGUGUCCAGCUGCAUUCCUUGAACGCAGUCAUCUUAACGACCACAUUCGUACACACACAGGAGAGCGUCCUUUUUCCUGUGAUCACUGCAGUGCAUCGUUCUCUCAGAAAGCGACCCUUGUGAACCAUCAUCGGGGUUCAGUACGUGUUUGCGGGGACGUCACAGUACCUACUGCAUCCAUAAGUCAUAUUUUCUGUCUAGUCGAAAGCACCCACCACGCCAUUAUUGAUCAUUCUGUGGACAAGAAAGGAUCCUCGUCUCCAACACCCCGUGAGCCGUACCAUUCAUUCGUGGACAUACAAGGCGGAGUGCAUUCCUGUCGUCAGUGUGCCUAUGUGACCAGUCACAAAACAGCCAUGAAAAGACACCUUUGGAAACAUGUGGCCAUGAACCCCUUCCAGUGCCACCUGUGCCCAGCUGUAUUUACUCAGAAAUGGAACCUCACUGCCCACCUCCGCACCCACACAGGGGAGCGUCCCUUUUCCUGUGACCAAUGCAGUGCGUCAUUUUCACAGAAUAUCACCCUAAUUAGGCACAUGCAUAUCCACACAGGAAAGCGUCCCUUUUCCUGUGACAUUUGCGAUGCGUCAUUUUCGCGGAAGGAUCGCCUCAUUCGCCACAUGCGCACUCACACAGAGACAGCGUUCCUUUUACUGUGCCUGGUGCAACGUAUUGUUUUCACGGAAGGAGCAACUCGAGGAGCACGUGUGUGUUCAUCAUGA